UCUCGUUUGAGGAGACAGGAUGUCGGGUUGAAAAGCCACCUGGAUCAGCUAGACCAGCGAAUAAGUGAGCUGAAAUUGGAUGUCAGUAAGAGCUCCAGUGAAUACCUGGAUAGUGACAGCCGGCCCAGCUCAGGCUUCUAUGACCUGAGUGAUGGUGGUUCUUGCUCACUCUCCAAUUCUUGUACCUCUGUGUACAGUGAGUCCAUCUCCUCCUCCCACACCAGCCUCUUGCCCACCUCUCAACACCCUAAAGCAAGGCUCACUGUGUUUGAUUACCGACCCAAGUCUGCAGAUGAAACUACUGUGCACACCACCAGCUUCCAACAGCAGGGAACCUAUGUCAGCGAUGGAUGUCGGAUUACAGCUAGCACAGAUGUUCCUGGGACUCCUGCCAGGUCCCGACCAAGGCCAGUUUCCACAGGUGACUUGGAAAGACUCAUUCCAGCAGACACUAGAUUUCAGAAAGAGACAGAUCCCAAAUCCAUGUUGCCUCUGUGCCAUGCUGGAGACAGGCACUUGCUCAGCGUGGACCCUAAAUUCCAGAACGACUUAGUCUCCAAGAAUGGCAUUGAUGUGUAUCCCUACCCAAGCCCCCUUCAUGCAGUGGCUUUACAAAGUCCCCUUUUCUCUCUGGUGGGGACAUCCCCAGAAGCAGACUUCCACGCUCCUCCCAGCAAACCCAUGCCUAGUGCGACAGGUCCCAGCUUGAUUAGGACUAGGCCAACCACUGAGGCCAAGCCAGGGGGUUACAUCAAUAAAUUACUGCAGUUGACGAGAUGCAAGGGGAACAAUCGGGCUGAUGCCAGUGAGUGGGUUUCAACAAAGAGCCAGCCAGCCACAAUGCACCAGAGACUCAUUAUAACCCCCAGCGCUGGUGGAGUGAAAAUUAACAGCAGCAGUAGCCAGCUGGAAAAACAAGCGAGUUCUCUGGAAAGUAACAAAGCUGAAGGCAAGCUUCAGAGAGAGGUGCCGGAGGGGGAAUGUGCCAAGCAGCAGGAGACCAUGCACUGUGUGAAUGAAGAACAGCCAUCCACUCGGCCUGACACAGAGCCAUCAGCUGUGAAUAGUUGUUACCCUGCCAAGUCAGCAGCAAGGGGCUCUCCUCUGGCAGAAGCAACGGAGAGCAGCACGGAGCACAGUUCAUCCAGCUCACAGCUGUGCCAAGAGGACUCCAGCCCAGGCAUUUGGAACACUAAAGCUGUCCCACCCAGAAAGCUGCCCUUCAAAAGGUGUGGCAAUGCCAAACUGGCUAACGCCGGAGGUCAUGAGCGAGUGGCACGGAGUGAGUUUGUUCAUGCGCAGUUUGUCCCUGCAGAAUCCCACCAAGUCCGGGUCAAGUUUGCCAGCUCCAAAACAAAGGCAGUGAAGAUAAAGAGGAGGAACAGUGAAAAGGUACUACGGCCUGGGAAGCAAGCCUUUGGCAUGGAGAAGGCAAGAGGGUCCCAUGGGUCUGCCAGGAUGCCUGCUGAGUGGAAUCAGCACCAAAGACCACACGGAACAAAGGGCCUCGUGCGGAGACCUUCGUAUUCUGGUGAUGUGACUGGCAGGUCGUGCUCAGAGUCUAGCCUGUUGCCUGUGCAGGUGAGGCUCCCCACCGUGCCAUCCAGGCCAGAGCUGUGCAGAACUUCUGCCAAUGCAGAACUGUAUCCCCUUGAAGCAGGUUGUGCAGACACAGCCAACAAGAAGAAGCAGCGCAAGUGGCAGUCCACAGUGGAGAUCUCUGCCAAGGCUCACCUGGCCAACCUCUCUACUAGCUUUGGCCCAGGUGUGCCAAGGCAGCCAGCGAGGAGAGCUGGUGUCCUGCGCACUGUCAGUAUGAGGGCUCGCUCCAAGAGUCAGCGCCACGGAGCUUAUGCCAAAAGCGAGUCAGACCACUCCGAGUACUCUGCAGAGUGUGCGUCCCUCUUUCACUCCACCAUCGCAGAGACCAGUGAAGGGGAGGUCAGCGAUUUCACAACCAACCGUUUUGGGGACAGUGAGUCCAGUGAAAGUGACUCGGAUGGCAGCAGUAACAGUAGCAGCCUUACCCUUGACUAUGAUGAGGGGGAUGAAAGUGACCUGAUUUGGCCUGAGGGUUCAGUCAGACAAUCAGGGGCUGUUCAAGCCUCUUCCAAGCCUCUUCCUCCAGUGCCCAAAAUCUGUCGCAUCAAAGCUUCAAAGGCACUCAAGAAGAAAAUUAGGAGAUUCCAGCCUGCCUCCCUGAAGGUCAUGACCAUGGUUUGA